GUGGAAGGCAGAGCCGUGGCAGCUGACCUCGGAAGCUCCGAGGAGCGCCUGCAGGUGAUGACGUCGCUGGUGAAGGCCUAUGCUCACGGCCUCUUCGUGUCAGGCCACUUCAACGGCGACCCCCAUGCCGGAAACCUCUUGGUGACGCGGAGGGGCGGCAAGGCGCAGUGUGUGCUGCUGGACUGGGGCCUCACUAAGCAGCUGGACACUCAGCGCCGGCGGGCGGCCUGCAAGCUCAUCGUUGCUGUGGGCAUGAAGGACACAAAUGGCAUCGUCGAAGCUUUCAGAGAAAUGGGAAUGAACUUCUCGAAGGACGCGGAUCCAGAACCCGAUCUGCUGCUGGCCAUCUUGCGGCAGAUCAGCCUCAUCGAGAACAAGAAGGAGUCCCGCAGGAUGCAGAAGAAGUUUGGGACCACCAUGAAGAAGGCCAUGGCCCACAAAGUGGAGCUCCACUCGAAGGUGGACAGCUACACGGGGGACUUCUUCUUCAUCUUCAGGGUCGCUUCGCUGAUCAAGGGCCUGGCGACAGUUCUGGACAUCAAAGCCCAGCUGCUUGGGAAGUCAGUAGAGCUGGGAAGCAUGGCAAGCGCUUUGGACGCGGUGGAUCCAGCAAGUCAAGUCGGGGAUGUUUGGUUUCUUUUUGAACAUGGAGCCACCUGGUGGACAGGAACCCCAACCUAG